GCAGCCCAGGCUUUGUAAGAUAACCUAAUUGAUACGGAGCAGAAAAGGGAAUAUAAGUUGGACUUCUGUCUCUAACUCCACAUUUUACCAGCACACGCUAAGUUGGCACAAAAAACCCCAGUCACUUGAGCUUGACUAUGACUGCAGAAAUUUGGGACGUUAUUAUUGUUGGCGCCGGGCUAUCUGGACUAAGUGCAGCUCAUUUGCUCAGAAAAAGGGAUGCCAAGUUGAGAAUACUGAUACUGGAAGGAAAAGAUCGGGUUGGGGGUCGCACAGUGUCCACUGAAAUACCAGCAGCCAAUGGUUUUGAUCGCUGGGACUUUGGAGGGCAGUGGGUAGGAAGCACCCAGACACACAUUUUGGAGCUUAUAAACGAGCUGGGCUUGGAGACCUUCCCGCAAUUCAAUACUGGCAAGAAGGUGUAUCAUACAGGAGGGCCAGGUGCCAGAGUUCGCACCUACAGAACCAGUAUCCCUGCUCUAUCCCCAUUAGUGCUAAUGGACAUCACCCAGUUCCUGUGGAAGAUUGACAGAUUGUGUGGAACGGUGUGUGUCCAGGAUCCUUCAAAGACUCCCAAUGCUGUGGAUCUGGACAGUAUGACCCUGCACUCGUACACUGAGCUACAUAGCUGGACUGCUGAACUAAAAGAGGAGAUAGGAGUCUGUAGCAGGUCUGUCUUUGGCAUGGAGCCAUCCCAGAUGUCCUUCCUUUUCUUCCUCAUGUAUGCUGCAGCAGCUGGAGGGCUACUGCCACUUCUGGAAAACACUGAGGGUUCUGCUCAGGAGUUUAAGAUAAAGGGAGGCACCCAACAGCUUUCAGAGUGUCUGGCAAAACGUGUGGGGCGAGAGAAUGUCCGGUUGGGUUCUGCUGUGACUGCCAUAUGGCAGAAUGCUGAGUGGGCCAGGGUGACGACCACCACCAACACCUUCUUGUGCAGAGCUGUGAUUGUCACCUGCCCCCCUCAUUUGGCAGGACACAGACUAAGACUGGAGUUGGUGGCGGUGAUGUUGAAGCUGGAGUCUAGGCUUGUCCUGCCAGGUUUGGAGGGGGCCACAGCUGAAUCUGAAGCUGGAGCUUACUCUGGGUCUGUGCCUGUUUGUACUAAGCUGGCAACAGAUCUGUCACUCAAAGCCCCAUACUCAGAGCCAUGGACCAUGGCCAGGAUCCUUAAUGAGACAGCGAAAAUCCACUACGAGCCAGCCCUUCCCAGCCAGAGAGAAUUCCUUACCCAGAGCAUGCCUGUGGGCCACAUGAUAAAAUUCAUUAUUACCUACCAGACGGCGUUUUGGAAGGAGAAGGGCCUCUCUGGGGAAAUAGUGACAGGAUCAUCUGUUGACUGUCCAUUCUGUGUUACCUUCGAUGCCACCAGCUUCAGUGGUAAUGCUGCUUUGGUGGGCUUCAUUGCUGGCCAGCAGGCUUCUCAAUGGAGUUCCAAAGAGGCUGGAGAGAGAAGAAAAGCUGUGCUUUCCAGUCUGGUCAAAUACCUGGGUCCUGAGGCUGCAUCUUUCAUCCACUAUGAGGAGAAAGACUGGGCUAAGGAAGACUACAGCGGGGGCUGCCCUGUUAAUGUCAUGGCACCAGGUCUGCUAACAUAUUACCACCCUAGCCUGAGGAAGCCCUGUGGCAGGAUCCACUGGGCAGGCACAGAGACAGCCACCCAGUGGUGUGGGUACAUGAGUGGUGCAGUGCAAGCUGGUCAACGAGCAGCUCUGGAAGUACUGGCUGAACUCUCCCCCAUGAUCCUGACCCAGGAGGAGCAGGCAGCAGUAAGGCACAGUCAAACUGUCGAGGCUCCAGCGCAGCAAACACCAUCAUCCAAACUCACAUACUUGUCUACAGUUAAGGCUGCGGUUAUUGCAACACUGACAAUAAGUGCUGCUCUGUUGCUGGCUCAGCGUCAGAAUGCUUUGAUAAGGGUCAAAAUGUACUUGACAAGUUUAUUUUCAACCUCCAAGAGUAAUAAAUUCCUAUUUUGACAGAAACUUGUAAAACAAGUGCAUAUCAUUAAAUUAGUUUUGACUUGGUCAGAAUGGGGGUACGGUGUUUGCAGGGGCUGUGGAAAGAUGACUGCGCACUGUUAACUGAUUUUCAUCUGUACUGCUUUUGGUGCUUAUUUCACAAUAAAGUUAGAAAGUUCAACUCAAUUACAUUAAUUUGUACAGUACUGUAUUAUAUUACAUUGUAUCACAGGUACACAGUGGUAUCACCUAAUAUAUUGAAAUAACUAUGCUGAUGUAAAAUGAGCAGAUUAAAUAGAAUGUGUUGUGUGAGAAUGUGUUGAGGUAAGUUCACUGCCAUGAAGUUACUUUUAUACAAUGGUUUGCAAAA